AGAAAUACAAAUUAAAUCCGGCAUUUUGUGUCGUCUGUCUGGGUGACAAAUUCAAACAGUAAAUAAUUAUUUAGUGCCUUAGAUUUACUAAUCCAGCAUCAGGGAAUUUUUCGAAACGCCUAAAUGUUUUCAUCGGUGUGGAAAAGUGUUGCAAGCGGCAUUGAAACGCAAUUGACUUCAUACUAUUUUCGAGGUUCGUCCAAAUUGGCAGUGAACGGCGUUGCAGUCAUUCUGUCUGGUGCUGGUGCUGGAUCUUUUAAGCGGUUUCUGGGUGUCCAAUUCUGUCGCGUCAAUUUACAAAAGUUGCGGACUGUUGGAUUUAGAGGCAUGCAUAGCACAGUGGAGGACGUGAAGCUGAUUGGCUUCGAUGUGAAGAUUCUGCCAGCUUUGCAGGAUAAUUACAUGUAUUUGAUUGUGGACAAUAAGACACGUGAGGCAGCCGUGGUGGAUCCCGUUGAUCCCGAGCUGGUUAUCAAGACCGUUCAGGCGGAGAAUCUUACGCUCAACAAGGUGCUAACUACUCAUCAUCACUGGGAUCAUGCCGGCGGCAAUGAGAAACUGGUUAAAUUGUGGACUGGUGGUAAGUUAGAUGUGUACGGCGGAGAUGAUCGAAUCGGCGCCAUGAAUCACAAAGUUUGCCAAGAUGACACCUUUAAAAUUGGCGACCUAAAUGUGCGCUGUUUGUCGACUCCCUGUCACACCAGCGGACACAUUUGCUAUCAUGUGACCACGUCCAGUGGAACCAACGAGGGCGCUGUCUUCACCGGAGACACGCUAUUCCAAGGCGGCUGUGGGCGCUUCUUUGAGGGCACCGCUGAGGAAAUGUACGAUGCAUUGUGCGCCAAACUAUCGGCAUUACCGGACAAUACCAAAGUCUUUUGUGGACACGAAUAUACAUUGCAGAACAUGAGCUUUGCACGUCAUGUGGAGCCGGACAAUAAAAUCAUACAGAAUCGCAUUGAAUGGGCCAAACUCCGUCGCGCUUCAAAGGAUCCAACAGUGCCGUCAACAAUUGGCGAAGAGAAGUCCUGGAAUCCAUUUAUGCGCGUGAAUGAAACCACUGUGCAAAAGCAUGCCGGCGGAGAGGCUAAUCCCAUUGUGACCAUGGGUGCGUUGCGCAAGGAGAAGGAUAAUUUUAAGGCUUAACAUGAAUUAUAAAUAAAUGUGAUUUUUGAUCAAGGAUUAGCA